AUGGCGGCGGCGGCGACCCAGCAGCAGGUAGGGGCGGCCGGCUUUCUUCUGCUCUUCCCAGAAGAGCCGCGGGAGGCCGCACGCAAGACGCGGACCAAGGACAAGUACCGGGUGGUGUACAGCGACCACCAGCGCCUGGAGCUGGAGAAGGAGUUCCACUACAGCCGCUACAUCACCAUCCGCCGCAAGGCCGAGCUGGCGGCCAACCUGGGGCUCUCCGAGAGGCAGGUGAAGAUCUGGUUCCAGAACCGGCGCGCCAAGGAGCGCAAGCAGGUGAAGAAGCGCGAGGAGCUGCUGCACAAGGAGAAGAUGGAGGCGGUGCAGCAGCUGCACGCGGCGCAGCAGCAGCCGCCCCCGCAGCCGCCCCCGCAGCAGCCGCCGCCGCAGCAGCAGCAGCCGGUGCAGGUGCAGGUGCAGGUGCCGCCCCCGCACUGCCACGCGCACGCCCACGCGCUGGCGCCCGUCAUGUGA